AUCGUUGCUUCUGUCAUCCCUAUCCCUAACUUGGGUGGCGAAAAAAAACUGAUUCGGAAUAUUGCGGAAAUUUAUAACGCGGAAAAGAAAUCUCCGUCUGAGACCGAACUCAUUUUGUAAAUUGAUUUUAAGCCAUUAAUUAAACCAUCUUUUAGAACGAUCCAUGCUCACAUGCGCGCUAGGAAAAUGAUAAGUCGAUAUCGGUAAGCGCGAUACAAGAAAUAAAAGUUAAUGAGGCAAAAGCAGAGUGCUAGAAAAAAGGCAUACAUACGCACGCUCGUCGACGUCGUCGUUGCGAAGGAAUAUAUGUAUCUGCAUGUUCGUGUGUAUGCGUCGUGUACACAUAAGUGUGGUGGCUGCAGCUUCUAGUAGAGUGUCGGAGUGCGUCUCCAUUCGCAUUCGUGGAGGGGGAGCAGAACUGGCAGACGAAACAGAAGGAAAGAUUGAUCAAGCGGCUGGAAGUGGGAGUGGAUGGGAGCAAGUGCGCGAGGCAUGGACGGCGGCGAUUAAAUGUUUUUUGGGAACAAAGACGUGAAAAUGAUUUGGCAUAGCAGAACCUCCACCAGCAGCGAAUCCGAGGGCUCCGCCGUAUCCACGAACAUCCAGCAACAACCGAAAACGAGCCCUGUACGUGAACUGUCCAAGUGUGUGUGCAUGUCUCUGCCGACGACGCAACAAAAAGAAAAACACAUUGGAAGGUAGCAGAACGACAGACAAAGCAUCAGGAACGGCCCCGAAGACAAUAGAGUGGAGAGAAGCAAAGCAUCAGCCAGUAGCGCCUUUGUGAAUAAUUCAUUUAAGACUCCCACAGAAUGGUCGUCGGCUCGAAUCACACGCGGCGCGGUGAAACUGGCAGCAGAUUUACGAACAGCAGCUCCAGCAGCAACGGGAACAGCGCCGCCAGCAGCACAAGCAGUGGCUCCACCUCUACCACCAGCUCAACGUCUUCAUUAGCUAGCAGCGAGGCGGCGGCGGCGGCUCUUUUGUCGUCAAUGUCCCAAAAAAGCCAAACGGCCGCCCAAGCACCACCCACAGCAAGCAGCCACCAUCAGCUGCAGCAACCGACGAUAGCGACGACGACGAACCACCAUCAACCCCAUCAUCCCCAUUACCAACAGCAGCAGUCACACAACCACCACCACCAGCAGCAUCAAUCCUCAAAUGGAAACGGAGUAGGAGGUGGAGCAGGAGUGGGUGGAGGUGGAGGUGGAGGAGGUUCCCUCAAUGGCUGUAAUGGCAGCGCCGUUAGUCGGCUAUCACAGUCCACUGGGAUGUCACCGCGGGAACUCUCGGAGAACGACGAUCUGGCAACAUCGCUCAUACUGGAUCCGCAUCUUGGCUUUCAAACCCACAAGAUGAAUAUACGCUUCCGCCCUCUUAAGGUUGACACGCAGCAUUUGAAGGCGAUCGUAGAUGACUUCAUCCACGGCCAGAACUAUGACGUGGCCAUACAGCGAAUCUACGAUGGCCCCUGGAUACCGCGCCACCUGAAGAACAAGAACAAGAUCGCCACAAAGCGGUUGCACGACCACAUUGUACGCUACUUGCGCGUAUUUGACAAGGACAGUGGGUUCGCCAUUGAGGCAUGCUACCGGUACUCCCUGGAGGAGCAGCGCGGGGCCAAGAUCAGCUCCACCAAACGCUGGUCCAAAAACGAAAAGAUCGAGUGCCUGGUUGGCUGCAUUGCCGAGCUGAGUGAGACCGAGGAGGCGGCCCUCUUGCACUCGGGCAAAAAUGACUUCUCUGUGAUGUAUAGCUGCAGAAAGAACUGCGCCCAACUCUGGCUGGGACCGGCGGCGUAUAUCAAUCACGAUUGUCGGGCUAACUGCAAGUUCCUUGCCACCGGACGCGACACGGCCUGCGUCAAGGUGUUGCGUGACAUCGAGGUGGGCGAGGAGAUCACUUGCUUCUAUGGUGAGGACUUCUUCGGGGACAGCAACCGCUAUUGCGAGUGCGAGACGUGCGAGAGACGUGGAAUGGGAGCCUUUGCCGGCAAGCACAACAGACAUUUGGAUGAUGCCACUGGCCUGGUGCUGGGUCUGACCUCGGGCCUGGGGCUGACCAGCGGCGGGGCUGGCAACGGUGGCGGCUACCGUCUCCGCGAAACCGACAACCGCAUCAAUCGCAUCAAGAGUCGCGCGAACUCGACCAACAGCACUUCGAAUAGCAACAGCAACACUAACGACUCCACCAGCACCAACGAUAGCAGCACCGCCAGCAAUGGAGUAGCCACAAUGGCAGUCCCCAUAUCCCAGCCAGCCGGACAGGCAGUGGGGGGUCGUGGAUCGGGCAAAGAGGCGGGCUCUGUGCCACCGGGAUCUGCAGCAGCAGCAGCAGCCGUAUCCUUGAUGGAGAAGAAGCUGCCAAAUUUGGUCGUUUCGCCCCUGACCAUGAAGGAGCUGCGUCAGAAGGGUAUGACCAAGUAUGAUGCUGAGAUGAUCAUGGCCAAUGCGGGCUACCAGCAACAGCAGCACCACCACCACCACCAUCAUCAUCAGCACUUUCUUCACCACCAUCACAACCACGGACAGCAUGCCAGCACCGGGGCCGAAGCCACAGCCGCCGUGCAGCAGCUGGCGAUGCAGAAGCCAGGGGUGGUACCGGUUACAUGCACUGGAGCAGUAGUAGGAGUAGGACAAGGUGCUUGUGCCGCUGGUGGAACCAUUACCUCCUCCAGCACGGAAUUGAACGGUCGCUCAAACACCCUGCGAAAGUCCAUCCGAGUAAACAGCACCAGCAGCAGCAUAUCCACAGCCUCCACGGACGAGGUGGUGGCAGCCAACGCCCCGUCAAUGCCCCUACCAUUGCCAUUGACAAUCCCAAUGUCUGCCAAGUCCGCUGUGGUGCUGGUGACGCGAUGCAAGCCGGCCAUGGCCAUUGCGGCGCUGCACCAGAGACAGCAGAGACAACUGCGGCGCAGCGAGCGGCAAACAAAUCGAGGUGGACAGAAGGAAAAGUCAUUUGGAAAAUAUAUGACGGACAGCGAGAGCAGCGACACCGACCAUCAGCGGAGUGAGCGUCAAGGGACGAAAGUGCGCGGAGGCGAGGAUCACCAGCCCACAAAAGUUUUCCUUAUGGAUGGUGAGCAGCAGCAGGAGAGGCGCGUGACGCGGAAUAGUGCGGGAAGAGCUGCCGCAGCAGCAGCAGCAUCGGCACCGGCAUCAGAAGGACUAGGACUUCUAGGCCUAGGGAGAUUAGCCACUGCCCAUAAUAGUAGUAAUGUAACAGCAGCAACAGCCACAACCACAUCCACAAGUAGCAUCAGCAGCAGCAAAGCAACCACGAUUACAAAUUGUAAUAAUCAUAAUAGUAAUGAUAGCAGUAGAAUUAAUCAUAAUUCUAAUCUUAGCGGUAGACAUAGUGUUAUAUCAAAGAAGCCACCACCAAGUGAGGCCUCAUCUAUACCCACAUCCACGUCCUCAGUUGAUGCGCAGUCCUCACACCAGUCUCAGCAGCAGAAGGCAACGCGUCGCAGCAACAGUCCCGCCUAUAAGAAGAAUCUUUUGGAUACCUUUAACCAGGCUCAACAGGCUUAUCCUCCUUCUCAUCUAUUGGCGGAAGAAGAUCCCCCCAAGCAGAAACGUAGUCGUCGAGCCGCUGCAUUGGCUGCAGCCCAGCACAUCCAUUGCGAGGCUUUCGGUGGACAGGUUGGAUUAGGAUUUGGACUGGGAGUAAGAGCAAGAGCAGGACCAGCAGCAACAGGCAGCUUGCGCAAAAGACAGCAACCAGCUAGUGCAGGAGCAGCAACAGGGGUAGCCAGCGAAAAAGCAUCCAUCAGCCUGUCCAACAGCAGCAGCAGCAUGGAGCCCCUUCUGAAGACUCCCGAGCGUCGGCUGAAGCUUACUCUGCGGAUGAAGCGUUCUCCGAUUCUGGAUGAAGUCAUUGAGCUCGGCACCAGCUUCAGCGACGAGCGGCAUCUGGCACGGCACAAUGGAGCUAUCGGCGGACGUAGUGCAGGCGUGACUGGAGCUAGCUUUGGAUCGGGUGGAGCGGUGGGCAGUGUCGAUGUGACAGGAGCAGAGGGGAUUGGCAUUGAGUAUGAGAUCCUACGCAUGGAAGGCAUCUCGGAGCAUGGCAACGAUGAUGACAUCGACGACGACGACGACGACAACGACGACAACGACGACAACGACGACAACGACGACAACGACGACGACGACGACGACGACGACGACGACGACGACGAAGACGACGACGACGACGACGACGACGACGACGACGACGACGACGACGACGACGACGACAAGGACGAUAAUGCAGAAGAUCUGCCCGCACAGGAUGCAGAGCAGCCACAGGUGCCGCUCGAAGCGGCCCCACCCAGUACCAUCCACUACGAGCCGCUUUCAAAGAAGCAGAAGAAGAAGCAGCGAGGCUGCAGUAGCCAGCGGCGGUCCCCGGAUCCCAGCUCGAGUAGCAGCAGCAUGUACGUGACACCCCAGAAAAAGCGACUCCGCUUAAUCUUCGGCAACGAGUCCCACACCAUUGACAUUCCACCAACGGGCGAAGGAGCAUGCGGAGCAGCGAAAGCUGGAGAAGAAGCCAGCGGAGUGGAUGACCUGAACAGUAGCAGCGGCGGAGUGAGUGCAAGCGACGACUCGUUUAAUGCAUCGUACGCCAGUAGCGGCACCAACAUGACGGUCAACACCUCCUCCCAGACGACAACCAGCAACAACAGUAGCGGUGUCGGGCCAGCUAUCCCCAUGUCUUCUGGCACGGGCAACGUGCAAGCAGAGGGCAUAGACUCCACGGCCAAGCUGGUAGCACCCGCUCAAACACCGCAGUCGCCGACAUCUUCGACCAGCGGCUCCUUUUAUUCGGCCUGUACCUCCACUACCAACACACCCUACUUCCCCAAAGGAAAGCGGCGUGGAGGAACAGGAACCGAGCCAGGCGAGGAAGCAUCCUACAUCAAUUACUAUCAGAGAAGUGGCUCAAAGCUACUUGGAAAAUACAGAGCCAUGAAGCCGAUAACUUCAAGCCCGGGCCAGGGGCAGGCUAUUGUGAGCAGCAGCAGCGGUAGUAGUGGUGUAGGAGCAGGACACGGAUUUCUGCCACAAUCGCUGACCAUUCCCAAGCACACCUUCGGAACUUGUGCCCUGCUGGCCCCCACCAGCUUUGCCAGUCUCCAGCAGCCGCCACCGCCUUCGCUGCAGCUUCAUCAACAGGCGAAGACUAGCGUGGCCACAUCAACGUCCGCCUCCUGCUCGCCGCCUGUGCAUAACCACCAUCAUCAUAGCCAACAGCACCAGAAUCCACAUCAUAACCACCAUAUACAGCAAUAACGAACGACUGAUCUCCAAGUAACUUGACUAAGAUCCGCUGACGCUGAGAGAAGAAAGCACGGGCAGAAAAAGAGGAAAAUGAAGAUAAAGAGGAGAACGAAUGAGAUGGAGAAGGAUGAGAAUAAGGAGAAUUUGCAUGCUGCUUGCGUCGUCGUUGCCUCUGCUGCUUUUCUGCCUUAACAUAAGCCGAUCAAAAAUCGAUCUGAUCCCCUACAGUCGCACGUCAGUUAUAUCCAUUAGCUUUAGCCAAGAUCCAUUACCCAUUGGUCCAACCCCCACCCAACCCCGGUGUCCAUGCAUUUUCACCUUGCGCCCUAUCAGCAUCAGAUUCAGUUCUAACCUCAAAUUUUGUAUAGGACCCAAGUCCCGUUUUAGCCCCUGCAUUAGUCCUGGUCAUAGUGCCAGGACCUGGUUCCCGCGUACCGGAUUCCCGCAUUCCGGGUUCCGCACACGAGUCCCGAAUCCUGGUCCCGGUCUUGGAUCCGUGGGUAGCGAAAACAAAACGAGAAUCAUGUGAAACAAAAGAACACAAGAAAUUGUAUCAACAUCAGAUUUUAGAGACACAGAGACAAAAGAAAAGAAGAACAAACGAAAAUCAAGUGAACUAUUUGAUUAUAACUUA